UUUAGUUGGGAUGAUGUUAAAGAAGACAAGCACCGUGAGUAUUAUCUCGGCCAUUCGCUGAUGGCACCUGUUGGUCGCUGGCAGCAAGGCAAAGAUUUAACUUGGUACGCGAAGGGCAAAAAAGAUGAUGCUGUGUCAAAGGCAGAGCAAGAAGAACUUGCUCGGAUCAAGGAAGCUGAAGCGGACGCCAUGGCUGUUGCACUGUAA